AUGCUCGAUCUCGGAACUGAUGCGCUUGUGGCGGUCAGAGGAUUCGAGGUAUAUUGGUGGGAAGAAUGGGACCCACUGUGGAUGGCUGGAUUCUUCAUCUUUGUCCUAUCGAUUGCUCUUCGGUUUGUCGGUGAAGCCAUCUUCUACUUGGGCAAGUAUGGCGUCUUCUAUCGCAUCUUCCAUACCAUUCAGGAAGCGCUUGGGGAAUAUGUUGACUGGUGGUUCCCAUGCAUGAUUGUGUAUGUCUGCGUCUGUACGCCAUUGCUCCUCCCGUUUUUUGUGUACAAGGUCAUCCGGGUGGUAUUGAUCCCUUUGGAUCCCUUGUUGGCCAUUGCCCAUCGUGCAUCCUUGUCACGGUCAUUCUACUUCCCACUGGCGGAAGCACCUCAUGGACAUUUCGGACUGGAUUUGUUCUUUGGUAGAAUGGCAAUCCCUUUGCGUUAUUACUUUCUCCUUGUGGACUUGGUGGCAGGUGGUAGAUUCAAGGUCUACUAUGCCAGCAGUGAUAACAACAGCAUACAUUAUGAAGACAAUCCCAAAUGGCUGAUUGUUCUUGCAAUACUGGAAGAAGUAUUGGAGAACAUUGGCGGUCUCCUGAUGGCAGUAAAAGAACUCUGGGAGCCACAGGCGCAAGUUGGUGGGAAGGGGCGCGGACAUGGUGGAGAUGAAUAUGAAUAUGAGUGGUUUGACCCGUUUGGUGACUCAAGAACUCUGGCAAUCAUCUCACUGGUGUUUUCAGCACUCUCUGCUGUUUUUGAGACUGGCAAGUACAUUGGUGACUACAACUAUGUAGCAGCAAAACCGAGGCGUGGGAGCAGGGCCACACCAUAG